AAUUCAAGAGGGUUCUGGAAGUUUCUGUGUGUAAAAAAAACAAGCAGAAGGUUCAUGAUGUUUGGGUUAUACCUUCAGAGAAGCUGAGUACAGUUGGCUUAAACUGGUUCUCUUAUCUCUUUCUGUCAAGGUCAUGCUGACUAUAAUAAUAGGCCAGAAGGACUCUGGGUUUCACUUUUCUCUUUCUGCCUUUCUUUCCUUUUGGUGUGGUGUUCUAUACAUAGUAUGCUUAGUUGUUAAGGUUUAGACUUAUAAGAAGUUACUAUAAAUUAAAGUCAAGUCAGCUGCACCUGGAUUUCUUAUGGACAGUGCUAAUCCUGAAUGUAUUGGAUUUGUGAUCAUUAUACUGUACUUAUUUGCCUUCAGUAGCAGUAAAGUUCUGCUGGGUGAAAUAUUAAUUGCCUAUGGUCUGUUUUGGGAGAAUCUUGCAACGUGUUUAAGUUUUUACUCUGCUAACUAUACGUCGGAGUUCUGCUCUGGAUCAAUAUUGAGCAGAAUUUCAUGACAGUAUUGGAGAAGCUACAUCUUAUUGGACCCAGUGGGCGCUUACGAUAACUUCUGAGUAGGCGAGCAUUGAUCGUUUGCUCACCAACUUUCUCUCUCUCUCUUAAGCUCAGCUGGUAGAGCGCGAGACCCUUACUCUCAGGGUCGUGGGCGAAAGAUUCCUCGUGAAAACCCUCGUGGUCUGAUUCUAUUGAUGGCUCUUGCUUUGGUCUGUUCGGCGCUCGGCUUCCGCUGCCUGUGCUAUAAUUCCUCCUCUCGGUGCGCGAUUGCGUUGGCCUCGCCUGCUCUUGCGCCGGCGCACUAACGCGAACGGGAGAGAUUGAAGAGCGAAGCGGCCCCGCCCACGUCGCGCGUCACCGACGUCUCGUCUCUAGCCAUGGCGGACGAGGAGCUGGAGGCGCUGCGCAAGCAGAGGAUGGCCGAGCUGCAAGCCAAGCACGGGGUGAGCGGAGCGGAGGGCGCCGGGCCUGGACCGUCCCCUCACACGCGGGCGGGCGUCGCCUUCGGCGCUUCGCCCGGUGUCCUGGCCCACAGGCGAGGCCCCUCUAGCCGGCCGGCCAGAGGAAGGGCGGGCCUGGGCCUUCGGUUUUAAUUGCAUGGCGCUAGUCCUCACUGCGGGCUCAGGGCCGCCUCAGGCGUGGGAGGCAAGGCGGGAGGGGCGCAGAGACCACUCUGGGAGAAGUCAGAGGAAGAGACCCGUGUUUUGUGUAUUAUGCACGUCUGCAUACACACACACGUGUGUUGGGAUUAUUUCCAAUGCUACAUAUCUACUCACUCAGGAAACCCAUUGAGUACGCUCGCUAAAGUGUAUAUACAGGGGUGGGAGCAUAUCUCUUAUUUUCAGGGUUUCCACUUCUUUUUUUCAGCAAAAAAAACUCAAAGCAGCUUACAUCCAAUAUUAACACAAACAUCUCCCUUUAAAAAAAAGGAAUAAAGUUAACCAGUUGAAAGAGAGAAAACAAGGACUGAUGGUGCUGUCUGGUUUGGGGGUUUACCCUACGUGGGCUUUUGUGCAUGAUUGUUGUCAACCCUAAGUCGUCGCCCCCCCCCCAAAUCUUUAUCCGUGUAACCACCAUGGGAGAGGUAGGUUAGGCCCAAGGUGGCCCAGCCAGUGUCAUAGCUGAGUGGGGAUUUGAACCUGUGUCUCCAUGGUUGUAUUCUGACAUUGGUUAUGCCACACUGGUUCUGAGUGGGAGGGAGCUGGGAUUCUAUGAUUCGGCCACUGUCUGGAAAUAGGGCUCAGUGAUUGUCAGUCCCAGCACCAAAUGCAGCUGUUGGAAGGCUGUUAAAUGACUUUGCUCCACUGCCCCACACCCAGUUGCCAACCUGGAGAAGGGGCUUGGGUAGAAAGCACUUGUCAGUCAUCCGCCAAGGUGGGCCUGUCAAAUCUAGCCAUUGACUAGGAAUCUAGAGCCAGCCUUUGCAAAAACAUUACUGGUACACAACAUCUUUUUUGCCAGCUCAGCUGUUCUUAUAUGCCCAUUUGUGGCAUCAAAGGAAAAAAAGAAACUUCUUUGAAGUUUUCUUGCCUGGUGACCCACAGGCAAUUCUUACCACGGUUUGCAGGCAUGUAUUAAGUAACUUGUCCAUCUGUGGGGCUGAAGAAUAGCUACUUUCCCAUCUUGAUUGGUAGAUUCUAUAUUACCUGAAGGUUGCGUACUUCAACACCCUCAAAAGUUGACUCUCAUCAUUUAGGAUCUAGUGCCUUCUCCCUACCUGGGAGCAGUAAUAGUUGUGCAUUUAUGAGUCUUUCUGUAUGAGAACAGUCCUGGCCUUAUAUGUGUACUUUAGCGUUUGUUUGUUUGUUUGUUUGUUUGUUUGUAAUUCUUCAGUAGUGCUAUGCUUUACUACUAAACUGGUUCUUAUUUCUAACAUUUCAGGAUCCUUCCAGUGACAUCGCACAGCAAGAAGCAAAACAGAGGUAACAGAGGGGAUGAAAACAAAAGCCACCUUUUCGGUAGACUGAUAUCCCUUUAUUACGUUGUGCACAGUAGCGGGGAGAAGGCACCCCUUCACAUCUUAGGGGGUUUUUUUGCUAGUAUGAUUGUAUCCUGUAAUCAGUAUUACCACAUGACUGGAAGCAUGUUGUGAGAUACAUCUACUGGCAGUCAUCCAGAUUCAUGUCUCUGCAAGUGUGAUGGUGGGAUAAAAUUAACUUUUAAUAUAAUAAUAAAAAUAAAUUUAUAGGAAAAAUGAAGGUGAAACAAAUAAACAGCAACAGAGGUAUGGGCUGCCAUGUUUGCAUUUAUUACUAAAUUAAGUGUGAUUUAGAGGCAGAAACAGAAGAGACACAGAACACUGAGACCAGUAGAGUUUCCCCCCUUUUUGUCAUUCUCCUUAAAUAAGGUUGCUAUCCUUUUUGUCUUUAUUAGAUCUUUACAAUGCACAUACUCUUCUAAAUGGGUGUGUAAUCUUCCUACAUCAAGAGCCCACUGUUAAACGAGUGAGAGUUUAACCUUUGUAGGGGUUUGGUACUGAGCCAUGAAUAACUUGUGAUCUGCCUCUGAACUGAAUGUGUUUCAAGUUUCCAUAGUUGGAUUCUCUUUCCCAGAUAAUAAUAAAUGAAUUUGUGCUCAAAUUCCACAGUAAAUUCCAUAAGGAUAGUAGUUUAAAUGGUUUAAAUAUAAUGGAGUACUAGCAAUGUCUAAAUAUGAAACUUCCGGUUGUACAAAAUGGUCAGUGUGUUUUACUUUCUUGCAAUGCACUGCACAUGUUCUGAAGCUGUAAUUUAUCUGCAUAAUUUUUAUAUUACAGGGAAUCAGAAAUGAGGAAUAACAUUUUGGCUCAGCUUUUGGAUCAGGCAGCUCGUGCCAGAUGUAAGCAUCCAUGGUGUAUUCUGACCCACUUCUAAAACCUUUCUCUGAGUCCAUCUUACUUAGAUUGCACAUACUUAACUUUACUAAGGAAAAUAAUACAGUGUUUUGGGCCCAGUACUAGGCACACUUAUGUGGGAAGUAGGUUUCAAUUCUCACUACAUUUGCUUUUUCUGUUCUAAGGAGGAUGCAGAGGAGGCGCCACUGGAUACUACUUUCUGAACUUAUUGUUGAUAUAUAGUUAAUUAUUCUAGAAUGGUCAUUAGUGAGGACUGCUGAGUUAAAAGCUGCUUCUGCAGAAUACUGUAGUAAAUGUAGAAUACGUUCCUAAAUGUAUUGGUGGGUGCUAAGCUAGGACUAUGGACUGGAGUUGACCUCAAGAGGAUGGUUGACUGUUCCCCUUUGCACAUAUCUGCAGCUCUUGUCAGUUGCUCCUGGACCCUGAAGCACUGCAGUCUGAAGGCAUUACUCUGGACUUUUCCCCCAGUCUAAAAGUUGAGUGGAAUGGAACAAUCAGAAAGCAGGAGGGAAAUGUAAAGAUCCUAAUAAGCCAUGUUUGAACAAAGCAGUAUACCGAGUUCCUUAAAAUACAGUUUUCCUUUUUCAUAAGACCAGGCAUAGAUCAGUAAUCCAUCUUAAAAUAACAGUUCAAUGCCUUUUGCAGUACUGUGAAUAAUAAGUCUUGCCUGACUUUAGUAAUCUGGUGUUUUUCUAAAAAAAAUGCAAAAUAUCCGUUUUCCUUUUUCAGUAAGUAAUUUAGCGCUUGUGAAACCAGAAAAGGCAAAAGCGGUGGAGAAUUACCUCAUACAGAUGGGCAGGUUUGGACAGUUAGGUGGGAAGGUAAGUGGAAUCUCUGUCAUGACUUCUUGGUGACUCAAAUAUAGGAAAUAACUUUCAUGAAAUACAGAUUUAUAAAUAAAUGUUCAAAGGCAGGCAGGCUUUGUGCAUCACACAAAGCCAUGGUUUUGAUUUAACCAGUUUAUUGAACACACCAUGAAUCGCCUCACAGACUAGCAAACAAGUUGCCGCUUGUUUCUCUGACAUUUUGCUUGUUUUCCACCUGUUCCUGCUUUGUGUCUUUGUUGCCUGACAAAAUGAUGGUCAAGCAAGGGUUUGGAUAUCAUGCUAAACCACAGUGAUAACAAGCUGUGGUUAGGAAAGCUACAAACAACCAUGGCUUCACCUUGUGGUUUGUUAGUAGAAAGCAAACACUGGUUAUUCUGCUGGACUGAGUUUGCUGUUGCCUGAAAACAGAAUGCCAAAUUAGAUGGAUCUGUGCCUCACUGGGCAAGAUAAUUCUUACACAUCCUGCAAAACAUUGAUUUAUAAGCUUUGAAAAGUUGUGCUAUUAUAGGAUAAUUCUCUAGCCUCUUCACACUUGUUUCCAAAUCGCAUUUUUUAGUCUUAUAUAAAAAGUCGAUGAAUCAUUUUAUGUGACAUGGGGGAUAGCAGAUUACCUGUUAAUGAUGCUGUGGUGGUGGCCUUUGCUGUUUUGUUUUGUCCUUCCACUGUCAUGAUGCUCUGGAUGAAAGUGUUACCUGUGUGUAGUGUUUAAGUUGCUUGUAUAGGGUGUGUCCUUCUGCCCCCAGAGGGAGGCAAGGAGGAAAUGUGCCAUUCCCACCAAAUGAGUAUCUGCUACAUGAUAUUGUUUUUUUUUACUUCCUAGGUAACUGAACAAGGGUUGAUAGAAAUACUUGAAAAAGUGAGUCAGCAAACUGACAAGAAAACAACAGUAAAGGUAAGGCAUCUUAAAAACUGGAGCCUGUUCACCAAUGGUAGAGUGGUCGCAGGAUCACAGCAUAGCCAGUAUUUUUUGUUAAAGGUUUACUACAUCUGCAUGCUUCUUCUUGUAUGAAGCUAACAGCUUAUACAGAGCAGAAAAUCUGUAUAUGGCUACUGUUUAGUUUGGUGGGGUGGGAGUGGCCAGAAAUGCAGCCUUGAACUCUUGGAAAGAGUAGGCAGGUGACUUCAUCUCCGAGCUUAGUGCUGUAGUGCUUCGCUCUAAGAUGAGAGACAAAAUAUCCUCCAGUUUGUUGUUUAGAGCACGCUGUAAUCAGUCCAGGAGAUAAAGCUGCUGGGGCCACUUCCUGCAGUUUGGUGGGAGGAUGGAGCCUACAAGCUGGCCCCUAUCCCUUGAUGUAAAGACUAUACUAUUGUAAUAGAUUUGCUUACAUGCAUCUUGAAAAUACAUCUAGCAAUGCAGCAAGGCAAUGAGCAAAGACUUGGGUAUUGACUUUUAGGCUGGGCAGGUGCGAGAUAGGCAGCUGGCAAAGAACCUGGGCGCUUCCUUGCUUCACGCAGCUCUCUGCUUGCUCUUGUUCUCAUAACACAAACAGGGAAUUCUUCUGGCUGGAGGAGAAGCAGCUCUUGUUGAUUAAACUUGGCCUCAAAGUUAUUUUCACCUACACUGUGUUUUCUCCCCUAGUUCAACAGAAGGAAAGUUUUGGAUUCUGAUGAGGAAGAUUAAUUGGUGAAAUGCAAAUCAUCUGGCGUAUGUCAAGGAAAGUGUGCUGUGCCUGGCAGAAGCAUAGAUGAAAAGUUUACACUUUUUUUUCCCUGUACACAUUUUUUUUAUAUAAAGGGAUUGUGUUCUGUAUAAUAAAAUUAAGUGAAAUUGUUUUCUUAGACAGUUUUUAUAGCAGAGGCCUGAGUUGUGGUUCACUCCCUGACACUUGGACUUCAUUUUUCCUUUGGACACUGCUAUGCCACUGGCACCUGUGGGCAGCAUGCUUGUCGUACUUCAGUGGCAACAGGAUGCAUAGUAACCCAGCAGGGAAUGAGAAAAGCUGCGUUGCAAGCAGCCUGCUGGUUUUGUCAAAGUUAGUAGAGUUGCAUGUGCAGGAUAAAUAGUUCACAGGAUACAAGAUUUUGAUUUGAAUAUGUAAGAUUCAGUGUUUAUACAGAGGCUGCUGUAUAAACAUGACAUUCAUGAUCCUUUAACCACGGUUGAAGGAUUUGGAACAGCCAUGGAAUUUCCCCAUCCAUGUGCAAGCUCCCCCUCCCCUUUCUCCCGAGGAUGGUAACUAGAAUUUGCUGUUAGGGUUUUAAAAGCCGUUUCAGCAUCCUAAUGGACAGCAAAUCCCGGUUAGCAUGGUUUUGAAGCAUUGGUCUUCAGUUGGCGUGUUGGGGCCUGAUCUAAGGUAGAUUGCAACAGGAGCACCACCACUGUACAGAUAGGUUAGAAAAUUAAGAAACUGGUCCCCAAAUACAUGUGUUGGUCCCCAAAUGUUGAAAACUACUGGUUUAAAUGUUAAAGGAUCAUGAUGUAAUGUGUGAGUUAUAUGUCAUGUCCGCUUGGGUACUGGAACACUUGCAGUUUCACUGAACCAAAGCCAGAGGGGUUGGUUGUUGAUCAGAAUAUGGUUCCAUGAUACAGUAUCUUGCUGGAUGAUCUGUUGCAUUGAAAAUUAGAUAAAUCUUGGUUGGCACGCUGUAAAGCUUGAAAUAACGUGUGCUUGGGAAAUAUUUCUCUCAAGAGAUGUCUUUCCCCACCCCCUGCCAUACAUUUGCUAAUAGCAUGAGUGAUUGAGAGUGAUGCAACCAAAGUCAGGAUCUUUAAAGCCCUUUUCAUUUCAACAGAAGACAUGUGCUUAAAUCUUUUGUAUUAAAAUUAUUUAAAGGUUUAACAGCAGCUAGAUUCUUCCUUAAAUAUCGUUGCAACACAGAACUGUGUAGACCAGGUGGUGAACCUUUGGCUCACCAGAUGUCGCCAAACUGCAAUUCCUGUCAUCUCGCAGGCUAAAGGUUGGUAGCAGAGAAAACAUAUUUGUUCUUAUCCAAACUGCCUCCUUUUCUCAGGCAGUUAUUGAAACAGCUGCCUAAUUCCCCUGGCCAUCAUGGUGCCAUUGUGACUUCAGGUUGUGCCUUUUUGUUGAAUGCAAAAUGAAAUGGUUUUUGUAUGUCUACUGUACCAACAUCCCAUGUAAGGCAGACUGUAAAAGGAGGAGGCGUUUGACCCUCUUCUUCACUGUGGAAGUGGAACAUAUAUAAUAAGAGCUUCGAAACAUAUUAAAAUCUUUCCAUAAAGAAACUUGAGUUGUAGAGAGCAAUUAUUUGUCCAUUGUAAUUGUAUUAAAGACACUAUAAUUAGUGCACAUUGACACUGGUGUACUAAUUGUUUACAGCUGUGGCUGUUCAAGUUGUAGCCGGUAAUGAAUUUUGAGUGGCCAAAUCCCUCUUUGGGAUAAAGCAGGGAAGACACCAUUUCCCGUGUGUCUCUGGGUGCUGUAAAGCAUUAGGAACUGAUUUUUGAAAAAACCAAUGCAUGUUGCUCCCUACCCCCUCUACAAUGCUCAUAUCAAACUUGAUGAUUUUUCACAAUUAUAUACAAGGGAACUUGUUUACAGUGGAGGCUUAGGAUGACCCAGAAUGCAUUGCUUUUCUCCUGCUUCCAGACUCCACAGAAGCACCCACACCUUCAUGCAACUAGAUCUGUGUUGCUAAAACUGGAACAUGAGCAACAGGCUAUAAAGUUUUCAGAAAAUGCUUUAUGGCAGCAGCUCCCAUCAACCAGCAAGCUGCAAUUCAUGACUUACCAUAAAUAAAGAGUCGCACAUUAAGAGCAUAGAUUAGUUAAUUUUACUAUUUCUUUCUCUCUCCCAUCAUUUGGCACAAGUCAAAGGCAUGUAAGAAAACUAGGUGAACUCAAUUACUUAGUAGAAAAAUAUACUUUUCCUUGUCCUUCAGGAGCCCACUAGCAUUUUACCUUUUUAUAUACCUUGCACUAACAUUCUGAACAGAGAAAUAUUAAACAAUAAAAACCCAAUGUAUUGUUUACAAAUAUUACAUAAAAACAGAAUUGGAAUUGACAAAAGUUAUUGUGCUGUUCAAGUGAUAAUUCAACCCCUCUUAAAAAUAAAAAUAAAGAAUGGAAUGUUUACCAAAAUGACGCUCCAUUACUAAAAGUGCCCCCAUCUAUCAAUCUGGAAGUGUCUUUUCAAGUAAGGUCAACUAAGCAGCUCUUCCAAGACCCGGUGGAUACAGAUGUACUCUCUAGCUAGACUCAUUGCAUUUAGUGGAAUCGUAUUAUUGUGCCAUGCAUAUUUGCUAUUUUAAAUUAAAUAGGGUAAGGUUGUAGUCUCAAUACAAGUAUUUGAGAAUAUGUUCACUAAUGUGGGCUGCUACAUAAAAUAAAAUGAUUCAAAAUCCAAGUCCUGCUCUCCAUAAGAAGAUGUACCCUUUGUUUAUAAAACAGUGACUAUAACCUCCCUCACUUCCAACUACCCAUAUAUGGCCCAUGUUUCAAUAAAAUAAAUGAGAACCAAAGGAUCUGUGCAAUCUUGCCCUUUGUGUCAAACUAUGCUGCCGGUGUGUGUAAUUCCUUUCAACAAUUGGUGUAAACUAGUAGUGCAAAAAUGGAAAGAAACCGCUGUCUUUUCAAACUAUAAUUAUGUAGGCCUUGGAAGUCCCAUAGGUAUUCUGUUCCAAACUUACACCCAUUACAGUUAUAUCUGAUUUCAAGACUUCAAGUACAGACUAAUGUGUCUCAUAGUUUUUGAUAUCUCCAUAUACAUCUCAGUUGUGUGUGUGUUUAAAAUGGAUCACACCUGUUGGGUUUUGUGGAUCCAACUGCAAAUAAACAGCCCUUCUGUCUCCAACUGCAAACUGUGUUGGUUGAGGGAGGAGAGGUUCCUCUUCCUGCCAGUCUUCACAUUGCAGUUUUGAAUGCCUUGAUCCUAAGGAUUCUUUGAUUCUUGAAGGGAGUGGAACUGACGCCAAUUGGUGGUGUUGCUGCUGCUGCUGUUGUUUUUGGUUACAAACUUGCUUCCUUGCCAGUGUUUUCGAAAGCAUCAAUCAUCAGAGCAGCCUUCCAGUGAAGAAACAGUGGGAUCUCUGGAUAAAUUGUGGAUGUCAUCUGCAUCUGAAAGGGCCACAUUAACUGUGUGUCUCCGAUGCAUUAGUUUACUUCUAAGAGGCGCUGCUGCCACGUCAGACUCGACUUCAUCCAGUGUGGGCUCUCCUCUGCUGCCGAAGUCAAGGAUCUGCAUCCUACUUUGUUUUAAAGGAUCCACAGGCUUUAGCUUGCUCUUAUCAAAGCUCUUAAUAGCUAACUUGAGAAUCAAAACAAAAAAGAGCACAUUAAGAUGUUUUAUUUUUAUCUGGCUGAUAAAUCUAAAGCAAAUACUAUUAAAAGUUUCUCCUACUAAUCAGCUGCUACCCUCCUGUAACUUCAGCCCAGUGGGUCAAGUCUGGCUUUCUGGGGCAGCAAAAAACAACUCUUUGCUUUCCUCUUUGUGAAAGCCUUUCAGGGAUUUAAAGAGUGCUAUCCUGCCUACCCCCCCAAACCCCUGCCUCGAGUAUCUUUAACCAAUGUCUUUAUUUUUUUUCUCAUCCCUGGCCAUCCUAAUUGUCUUUUUCUGAACCAAUUCAUCUACUGGACCUCUCCACUAGAUAACUAAAAAUAUAGGGGAGAAGGAAUGGAUCAUUCAAGUAAGAGGCACUCCAUAUUGAGGAAGGGGCUAUGGCUGGCACACCUUAAUUAUGGCCUGCCCUUCCUCCCAAGGAGAUCACAGUGGGAGACAUCGGGAUUCUCCCAUUUUUAUCUUCAUAACAUGCCAGGUGAGUAUGUGUGACUGUUGAGUAAGCUUACAACCAACUCCGUAGCAAGUUGGGGUCUGAAAUCGGGUCUCCCCAGCCAUAGACUCUCGUCUAUUAUGAUGCAUAUCCAGCACAUUUGUAGAACUAACACCCUAAGAAUCUCAGCCACCACUUAUUUCAGUUUGCAAUUUUUGUAAACCGCUUUGAGGGUUUUUUCUACAACCAAGCAGUAUAUACAUUUUAUGAAAUAAAAAAGUAAAAAAGCAAGUCCUUCAUUUCAAACCUGUCUUCCUACCUGGUGCAGUAAUUCAUCAUUAAAGUUAGGGACACUUUUAUCUCUCGUUAUAGUUUUCCGCAAGUCUUUUGACCUAAAGACACAAACAAACAAGGUUAAAAGAAACUUGGUUACAUUUCAGUACAAGUCGCUCAGUACUGCAGUGUAUCUCUGCCAGCCACCAGGUGGCGGUAUUUCAGUAACAAAACCUGCUCCAUUGCCUUUGCUGAAAAUUCUUAAUAUUUGACCUUCCUGGGGUAUAAAUGUCAUGAGCUGUCCUUUAGAGUCUAAGCGUACAAAGGUCAGAAGACAAGUCAUUUCAAUUUACCCUUAGGAGCAUCAGCUACUUUUCCAACAGUCUAAAUUAGGGACAGCCAGCUUGUGUAUUGGAUUCCUUAUUCUCCAGCCACUAAUUGAGACGUCACAGAGUGUUGUACAACCUGACCUCUUUGCAGGUGCUCAGGCUCUUUAAACAAAGUCAGCCCUACCUAAGCAGUGGAGGUGUCACUGUGACACACUUGGACAUGGCUAGGACAUCGUGAGUUGGAUUCAAAAGUGCCCUUCCAUUUGGGGUCCAACAGACACUCCUUUGAACUGAUGUGGAGGGAGGCAAUUUUGGCAAUUUCCCUACAUGCUCCAUCUCUUCAGAGGGAUGGUGAACUUUUCUAAAUAGAACUGGAGGAGUGGCAGAGAGAAAUCUGCAAAAAUCACUCUUUGAUCCAUUUACAGGGGCCUCCACAGGAUCAAGGCUCCCCAUGUUCACAGAAUGUCAACUUUCCGUGGGGCACCUUUGGAUGUGGCCCUAUUUAUUGAAAAACAUUUCUGUCUCCCUUUCUAUAUUUUAGGAUUCACUAACCAGGUGGCAUAUGCAAAGGCUGGAACCAAAAGAGAAGCACAAGGGCUUUUCAGCCAUCCUCUCUGCUGCAGCUCCCUGUGCAGUCUCCGAAAGUUGCCUCAAGUAGUAGAGACCUGACCGAGCUGAAUUCUGUUAAGUGCCAAAUGGUGUGUCAGAAGGAGAAACUAUGGUUGCCAGCAUUGGAAUAAGCCAAUGUAAUUGAACCAACUUCAAACCCUGGUUUGUUCUGAUGCUAGUAACCAUAGUUUUUUUCCCCAGUUUGGACAAAAGAUGAAACAAUAGUUAAUUGAAGACCUCCUGGUGUGUUGGCUCAUACAGUGGUACCUUGGGUUAAGAAGUUAAUUCGUUCUGGAGGUCCGUUCUUAACCUGAAACUGUUCUUAACCUGAAGCACCACUUUUAGCUAAUGGGGCCUCCCGCUGCUGCCACACCGCCACUGUGCGAUUUCUGUUCUCAUCCUGAAGCAAAGUUCUUAACCCGAGGUACUAUUUCUGGGUUAGCGGAGUUUGUAACCUGAAGCGUCUGUAACCUGAAGCAUCUGUAACCCAAGGUACCACUGUACUAUGGAAGGGCUAAAUGAAAGGGCAAAAAGCUUGUCCCAGCUCCUGCUCAAAUGAAGACCUCAAACUCAGGUUACGGUUUCUAUCAAAAUAUGGAAUGUUUAGAUCGGCACGACAUAGGCAAGCCCUGUUCAAAUGCACAGCAGGUGCUACACGUGUCUGCACAAGCAAAUGCAUUGAUCCACCAAUGACACUCCCCCUGCAACCCCUUUAUGAAGGAAAGUGGGGAAAGUGGUGGGCACAGCAAGCCCAGUGAGCUUCAUGGCCGUCGAGUGGGGAUUUGAACCCUGGUCUCCCAGGUCCUAGUUUGACACUAACCACCACACCAGAUUGGCUUGGAAGACAUCCUGCAGCUCCAGCCCAAUUGAAGACAGCAUGCAGUGUUAUCUGAUGCUUUGGCAGUACUGGCAGGCAGCACUCGGAAGGCAGUUUUUGAAGCUUACUUGUUAAAGCGGUUGAUUGACUGGACCAGCUGAAGGCGCCUGGCGACGAGAUCGUCUGCUAUCUCGGGAGAUUUAAAACUGACUGCAGGUUUAAGUAACAAAAACCAUUAAAUUGGCAUACUUCUUUAGCAAUCAAGUCCACACAAUCCUGAAUUAAGAAGGAAUGAAAGCCACCUUCAGCUAACUUAAAAGCCACCGAAGCUGUAGAGAUGCCUGAGCAGCUUGGCAUCAUUGCUACAGCGGGUCGAGAAUCCUAAGAUCCGCUCUGUGGCUGAACUCAGGCAUCAGGAAGAAUGAGGCGGGAAUGAAUCAGAAGAAUGGACUGCACCACUUCAGGUGUUGGGAGGGGAGAUCAAACCUUCCUCCCUUAUAUGCAGGGAAGUUUGAAUACGUGUUUAAUAAAGGUAUUCUCACCCGCACGUCCAUUCUGCCAGUGCAGGU